AUGUUCGUGCUACCCCCUCCUCCACGCUAUCCCAUCGGAGGCUACCCAGGCGCGCAACCAGGCCAGCUUAUCGAGACCAACAAUACUCUGACCCAUCCGACGGGUCCAGAGUAUCAGCUUGUUGUUGGAGAAGGAACAUACGUGCUCCGCGACGACCUCCACCUGGCCACGCCCCCGCCGCAUCCGUCUGAAGCUCCCGUUCACAACCCGAAUCCUCUUGCGACGACGAUAUCGCCGCCAACAUCUGGCACCAAGCUUUCACUCGUAGCCCUUGCGCCUCGCCAACCCUCGCAGUCGCAGCUCUACCGCUUCGGCACGCGCACUAGUACUCGCUCGCAGCUUCCGCAGAGCAUACAGGAAUCGCCGCACGAGACAAAUAGCCAAUCGAGUGACGUCGGCUCUCAUGGCGCCAAUGGAAUUGUAUCAUCGCCCUUGGACGGCCUGAAGACACCGGUGUUUGGCGAAGGAAAUGCAGCGCUGUCAGUGCUCAAUGGCAAGGACUCCAAGGAUGCGUCUAAGAGGCGGAAACCCAAGAGCAACAUUGUUAAGAGCAACUCGUCCUUUGUGUCCAGGGUCAUCCCGCACGAAGCUCUGACUAAGCGACUACAAGAACAUAACCCCAAUGGCCUUUAUGCUUUUGCCAACAUCAACCGUGCAUUCCAAUGGCUCGACCUGACGUCGCCCACCAAGGAGGAACAUAUGACUAAGAUUCUGUUUACCAAAGCGCAUGCAUUAUGUCACGACAUCAACCAGAUCACAAAAGGGCCGAACCACCUCGAUAUCAUCAUGGGAUUCUCGACCGGUGACAUCAUAUGGUACGAGCCCAUGUCACAAAAGUAUGCACGCAUCAACAAAAACGGGGUGAUCAAUGCAACAGCCGUAUCGGAUAUACGGUGGCUUCCCAACAGUGAGAACCUCUUUCUGGCGGCGCACAUGGAUGGAAGUCUAGUAGUGUAUGACAAGGAAAAGGAAGAUGCUGUGUUUGUCCCCGAGGAAAACAUGUCUACUUCGGAAGAAGGUUUGACCGACGGGGAGAAGAAACUGAAGAAGCUGUUGACGAUAAAGAAAUCGGUCAAUUCGAAGAACCAGAAAAUGAACCCUGUCUCGUACUGGCAAGUCUCGAGAUCCAAGGUCAACGCGUUUGAGUUUUCUCCAGACCGCCGCCAUCUUGCCAUUGUGUCCGAGGAUGGGUCGUUCAGAAUCAUGGACUUUCUCAGGGAGAAGCUGAUCCACCACUACAUGAGCUACUAUGGCGGCAUGAUGUGUGUCUGCUGGUCGCCCGACGGUCGAUACGUGGUAACCGGAGGUCAAGAUGAUUUGGUGUCAAUAUGGUCCCUGGAGGACAGCAUGCUAGUUGCACGCUGCCAGGGACACAACUCGUGGGUGACGGCAGUGCAGUUUGAUCCAUGGCGGUGCGACGAGCGAAAUUAUCGCAUUGGCAGUGUGGGAGAAGACUGUCGCUUGUUGUUAUGGGACUUUAGUGUGGGCAUGCUGCAUAGGCCAAAAGCGGCUUCGGUAAGACAACGCGGCAGCAUCGCGUCGUCCAACAUCAAGAUGCAACGAACACAAACGGGCAAUUCGACCAACCGCCUACGGUCCAACUCGAACCUUAGCUCGAGCAGCAUGGUUGAGGACGACGAGGUGGUGCAUCCGGUGGAGCCUCGGGCACGCACGGCCAUGCUGCCUCCGGUGCUGGCGAAAGCGGUUCACGAGCAUCCACUCUGCUGGCUGGGAUUCGAAGAAGAUUGCAUCCUCACAUCAUGCAAAAAUGGCCACAUCAGAAUAUGGGAUCGUCCCAAGGAAAGUGCCGCCAACGACGAUAGCAGCAUGUCAGCAAGUGCAAAGACAAGCUCGUAG